GUGAUGAAAGUCAUCAUGGGUGUGUUCCUGCAAGUGACCUUCUAUGUCGCCUCCAACGACGACGUGAUCAUGAUGAGCCAGAAAGAAAGGGCGCUCAAAGUCCACACACAGAAGAUGACGGAGCUGUUUGUGGCCGCGGACGAAAACGGCAACGGAAGACUCGAUCAGGAUGAGUUCGAGACCAUCAUCAGCGAUCCCACCUGCAUUGCCUGGCUAUCGGCCAUGGGUUUCGAGACUUCGAUGCUCUCGGGGCAGGACCUUUACCGGCUUCUUUGUGCAGAAGGCACCAAUGACCUGUCGGCAGAGGAGCUUUGCAAAGGCGUUGCCGAGCUCAAGGGACCU